AUGGAGCCAUGCCGACCGACGUCCUGUGGUCAUGACCUCUAUGCCCUGGAAGAUCUAUCUGUCUCGGACGACAGCGGGCACCGAGAGGUGGAAGAGGACAGGGUGGUGGAACUCCUGGGAAAGAUCACGGCGGGUGAGUAUGGCAGCGCCAGGAGCACGGCUCAGCCAACGGUGAGAUUCAAUGCCGAAGGUGGCAAGAUGAUGUGUGCUGACGGACGGCUCAAGCUUGCCGACGGAAAACAUUGGAUCACUGCCUUGAUGAGGGCAAAGAAGCUCUGGCAGGAUGCCCCAGCUGAUCGAAAGCCUGACUGGUGUUUGCAGGCAUUGCUUCAGAUCUUCGAGCGCGGAAUCAUGCUGGAGGCCCUCAAAUUCCAGGAUGAUCAGGACGAAGCAGGCAGGUGGGCUCAUGUCCAAGAACACAUAGACACAGACACAGAUUAUCUUGGUACACAGGUGUUUCACACACACACACACACGCAGACCCGUCCCUGA